GCAGUUUGAGUCAUAUCGCGAUAUCCGCUCGCUAGCCUUUAUAAAAUGCGCGAUCAUAGUUAAGAACAUCGAGAGUGUUAUUAUUCGUGAAACUGUUAAGAAGCGCUCGAUACGCGAUGGAUUUAAUAGAUCGUAUAGUGAAAUCGACCGAGUACGUGACGUUGAAUGCAGAUUUAAUAGCGAUCGAAUCUAAUAUUUUGCAAGACAUCGCGACCGAUCUACGCGAGGAAGCGGAAGGGGUGUUGGGACAGAGUUCUGAUUUUUUAAAAAUUGAAUUUCGCGUGGAGAGACGCGAUGAGAUCCUGGAACAGAUAAACAAGAUAGAAAAUUCGGUGAAGAUCGCGCGAGAGGCGCUUUUUGAUUUAAUCCCCAAAUUGAGAUUGAUAGCGGUGCAGGCGAAGAGGAUUCGCGGAGCAUUGCGCGAUGAAGAGGCUGAACCGCCGACGAGUCCCGUGGGGACCGAACUGUGGGUGAGCGGCGAGAACGUUGCGAGUGACGACGAGAACACAGUGAGUGUUCGCGCGAUCUUGCGAUUUGAAUGA